UUCACGCAACAUGGCGGCGAAGUAGCGGUUUCUCUUUUUACAGAAUGCAAAUGACUUUAUGAUAACAUCCAAGCUUUCACAUUAGUACUACAGCAGACACAUGAAAACACGGUUAAACAAUAUACUCCUCAUCCAUUCCUUUAUCACCGAUUUUAAGGGAAAGUAUUUUUUAUAACAACUGUGAAAAGACUGCCUCGUCUUUGCUGCUGGCGGGAAAGCUGCAUCAGUUUCCUUUAAUAGGUGGAAGGAGACAGAUUUGAAUAAUUCCAACUCCUGAAAUUGUCUUGUCGCUUUAUUAUGCCGAGGGGUAUAUGCCAUUGGGGCCCACUCCUCGCCCUGUCUAUCAUCAUAACCUUGUUCUUGGGAGGCCUAUAUUGUAUCAUACUGAUCUACACUCCUUGGCAUUCACUUGGCGCAAUGGUACAUCUUGGCGUGUACCUUAACUGGGCGUUCCUGAUCCUUUAUAAUUUCCUCAGAGGGAUAUGGCUUGGUCCUGGUUAUGUGCCAUUUAAAUGGAGACCAGCAAAGGAAUCAGACACAGAGUGUCUUCAGUUCUGUCAUGUUUGCCAAGGAUACAAAGCACCUAGAGCCCACCACUGCAGCAAAUGCAACAGAUGUGUCAUGAAGAUGGACCACCACUGUCCUUGGAUCAACAACUGUGUUGGUCAUUACAACAUGAAGAGUUUCACCCUUUUCCUGUUUUUCGUCCCCCUUGGAUGCACACACUGUGCCAUCAUACUUUUUCUGUGCCUUUAUAAUGAGGUAUACCUAAUAGCGGGCAACACCCACUUUGAAAUCCAUUCAUCUCAGCGACUGCUUCCCUUCGAUGUCUACCAUUUAAUAUUUGUGACGUUCUGUAUUGGUCUGUCCAUUGGUGUUACCGUAGCUGUUGGGCUUUUAUUAUAUUACCAGGUGAAAGGGAUUAGAAUCAACGAGACAGCAAUUGAAAGUUGGAUUGUUGAAAAGGCCAACAGACCAAGACCUAAAGGAGAGGUUUUUGUAUAUCCCUACAAUUUUGGAUGGAAGGAAAAUUUCAGACAGGUAUUAUGUUGGUCACAUGACUACCUGGGAGAUGGUAUCACAUGGCCUGUUCUCCCAGGAUGCGAUCAGUACACACUCACAGUGGAACAACUAUGGCAAAAAGAGCUCAAGCGUAAUCGCACAGUAGCCCAUGAUGUGGUCAAGUCGUAUAAUGGUGCCAUCCUGGCAUGGAGGGAAGGUCUAUGGACAUGUUGCUCAACACCCUGGACAGAUGAGUCGCGCAUGAAGAUAAUUCCUGGGGAUGUUGUCAUGGUUACAAGAUGGAGGAAGCACUGGCUAUAUGGAGAAAAAGUGACAAAUCAUUUGAAUGGGAAUCACAGCGAGACGGGGGUGAUUUCUGAGAAGGGAUGGUUCCCAAGUAGCUGUACAGAGAGACACUCGCAGUAUCACUCCAACGGAACGGCUGCCAAGAAAGCGGACUAAAACAUGACUCGAGAUCACUGCAGUGCCAGUCGGCUAGCAGCCCUAAACGCGGAUUCGAUUUCACAGCGCCAGCGCCAGCGCUAACAGGACGGUAGUUGAAAUCCGUUUAAUAUAUCAACGGGACUUUCAGGUCACGAAUGCACAAAAAUAGCCUGCUAGCCGGCUAUCAUUGUGGGUUAUUCGGAAAUGUUUUAUUUUGGAAUAUUGGGAACCCUGUGCGCUGGGCCGAGGGUGCCCACACAUAAGAGCCGGCUAGCACAAAAAGCGCACACGAGCUUUGUGCAUUGAGUGCACAAAGGAAGUAGAAAACGGGACGCAAUCCAGAAGUAUGACUUGAGUAAAGGAAAUAUGGUCUGGGAAGUCGAAGUUGAGAAAUAUCAUUGAUAGAUUGCAACACAAAUUAUCUUCCAACACACGCAGUGAAAAGACGUGGGCACGGGUAGCAAAGAAAGGUCUUAAAAUUCCUGCAAAGGAAAAGCAGAUUACGCUAAAAAAGGCACCUAAAGCUCCAACUACGAAUUGAAAUAAUAACCUAAAUACGGAAGGAAAUGGCACAAGCUGAUAUGUUUGGUUUUAACUUGAUGGCGAAAUAAAAUCCGGUGAUCUUUGUACCUAACAGAAAUCGAUACAUUUGAAUUUGUAAAUUGUAAAUAUGUUACAAUAAUGUGUUGGUAAAGAACUUUGUAAUAAAUCAUAUGGUUAAUUA